AUGCCCGAGGACGGCAGUGGCGACAGCGGGGACGUGCCCGAGCUCAUCCCGGACUGCGAGCCGCUGCGGGAGGAGCAGCGGCCCCUGAAGCAGUCCCUGGGAAGCUCCUUGUGCCGCGAGUCGCACUGGAAGUGCCUGCUUCUCACCCUGCUCAUCCACGCCUGCGGCGCCGUGGUGGCCUGGUGUCGCCUGGCCACGGUGCCCCGGCUGGUCCUGGGGCCGGAGGCCGCCCUGGCCCGCGGAGGCGGGGGGCCGCCGCCCACCUACCCGGCCAGCCCCUGCUCCGACGGCUACCUGUACAUCCCCCUGGCCUUCGUCUCGCUCCUCUACCUCCUCUACCUGGCCGAGUGCUGGCACUGUCACGUGCGGUCCUGCCAGGCGCCGCGCACCGACGCCAACACCGUGCUCGCCCUGAUCCGCCGGCUGCAGCAGGCGCCGCCCUGCGUCUGGUGGAAGGCCACCAGCUACCACUACGUGCGGCGCACCCGCCAGAUCACCCGCUACCGCAACGGCGACGCCUACACCACCACGCAGGUCUACCACGAGCGGGCCGACAGCCGCACGGCGCGGGGCGAGUUCGACUACUCGGCGCACGGCGUCCGCGACGUCUCCAAGGAGCUCGUGGGCCUGGCCGACCACGCGGCCACACGGCUGCGCUUCACCAAGUGCUUCAGCUUCGGCAGCGCCGAGGCCGAGGCCUCGUACCUCACCCAGCGGGCCCGCUUCUUCAGCGCCAACGAGGGCCUGGACGACUACCUGGAGGCCCGCGAGGGCAUGCACCUGAAGGACGUGGACUUCCGCGAGUCCCUCAUGGUGUUCGCCGACCCGCGCAGCCCGCCCUGGUACGCGCGAGCCUGGGUCUUCUGGCUGGUGUCGGCGGCCACGCUGUCCUGGCCGCUGCGCGUGGUGGCGGCCUACGGCACGGCCCACGUCCACUACCAGGUGGAGAAGCUCUUCGGCGCCAGCUCGCCGCCGCCCGGCGCCGUGCCCAGCGGGCCCCCGCUCUCCCGAGUGGCCACGGUGGACUUCACCGAGCUGGAGUGGCACAUCUGCUCCAACCGGCAGCUGGUGCCCAGCUACUCGGAGGCCGUGGUCAUGGGCGCCGGCUCUGGCGCCUACCUCCGGGGCUGCCAGCGCUGCCGCCGCUCGGUCAGCAGCAACUCGCUGCCCCCCGCCAGGCCCAGCGGGCCCCGUCUGCCUUUCAGCCGCAGCCGCCUCUCGCUGGGAGCCGGGGGUCGGGCCACCCCGGGGGUCUUCCGAAGCCUGAGCGGGGGGCCGCUGGGGCGCCGCGGAGAGGACACAGAACCCCUGGAAAGCCCUCCGUGCUAUGAGGACGCCCUUUACUUCCCGGUGCUCAUCGUCCACGGUGACAGCGGCUGCCAGGGGGACGGUCAGGGUGCUCUCUGA